AAUUAAAAAUAUUUUAAGUUGUAUUCAUGUUUACCUUUGAAAAGUAACAGAAGUGUUGUAGUUUAGAAAUUUCAAACGAUUUAAAUUCGAGCAAAAUACGUAGUUUGCCAUUUUGAUUAGCCUAUCUUAUUCAACCCAGCUUUAAAGGCCAGCCGCAUAAUCAGAAUAUCCAGCGCGUGACGCUUCUCGUUUAUGAUUCGAGACAAUGUCUGCUGAUCGUUCGCUUCCAAGUUCUUCAAGAGCAACAACAAGCAGUGACCGCGGAAACGACACUCAACUAGCGGCCUCAACAGUACAAGAUCGGGAGUUUGAACAAAAAGAGCAAAAAAUAAACCCUAAAAUGUCAAAGGCCCUCAGUACUAGUGCUAAAAGAAUCCAAAAAGAACUGGCAGAGAUUACACUUGAUCCACCGCCAAACUGCAGUGCAGGGCCUAAAGGUGACAAUCUCUAUGAAUGGGUAUCUACCAUCCUUGGGCCUCCAGGAUCUGUUUACGAAGGAGGAGUCUUCUUCCUGGACAUCCAUUUUUCUCCAGAAUAUCCUUUCAAACCACCAAAGGUAACAUUUCGAACAAGAAUUUAUCACUGCAACAUCAACAGUCAAGGAAUGAUCUGUCUGGACAUUCUGAAGGAUAACUGGAGCCCUGCUCUCACUGUCUCGAAAGUUCUGCUGUCGAUAUGUUCUUUGCUGACAGAUUGUAACCCAGCUGAUCCAUUAGUCGGAAGUAUUGCCACCCAGUACCUUCAGCAUCGUGAAGAGCAUGAUCGCAUUGCUCGACUCUGGACAAAACGAUAUGCUACCUAAAAAGUGCUGCUGUGCUCAUUCAUUUUUUUAAAAAAAUAAGUGUAAAUGAGAUGUAGUUAUUACAUUUGGCCUAUUGAAAAUAGAUACAACUGACUGUCUCGCCUCCCAACCAAGCCUCUGGAGAUCAAUACUUGGACAGACUAUCUAUUACUAUAUUUUGUUGGGUAGUGAGAAACUUAAUCAUGCAUCAACUUUAUUUCUCAAGGAUUAUGUAUAUAAAGAAUUAUACAAACAUAAAAAAGCUACAGUGUAAUUUCUGCUUUACCGUAGCAUGCUGGAACAAUUGAAUAAUUGUGAAUAAUUUUACUCGGGGGUUUUAACUCAAGUUAGAGCCAGUUUAUCUGAAAAAUAUAUCAAUUACUACCCUUUAUUUUAUGUGAUUUUGUAAAAAAAGUAACUAUUCUCAAUAUUUUAGCAAUAAAGUUAGAAAGACCUUUACUCUCCAGAUAAUAAAAAAAUAAAAAGAAUUUCAGCAAACAUUUUGCCAUCAUCAGGGCUAGGAGUACAAGAACUGUUCUUGUACCAAGAGCCCUGCAAGAAAGUUUUUUAUUAUUAACUGGAAAGUAAAGGUAAUUUUUUCUAACAUUACUGCCAAAAUAUCUAAAUCACUCUAUUAUGCAUUACAAAUUUUGGGAAAACCAACCAAAUAUUCUCCUUUUUUAUAUUGUCACAGUUAUUAAGAUAGCAAAAAUCCAGUAUUAUAGUGCAGCUACUGUUAAGAGUAAACAUGCUUUUAGCUAUCUUAUGAAUCUUUUAGACACAAGUUAACAUAUCAACUAUUGUUGUAGAAUUGACCUCCAAAGUAAUAUAUAAAUAUUAGAGUUAGUACAGAAACAAUAAGAAGUCUUGGUUUGAAAAAAAGCAGUAAUGAAUUGAUGCCAGAGACUUUUACUGAAGAUCACUCAAAUAAUGAUUUACAGAAAAAAAAAUGUUGAUAAAGUUAUGCUCUUUAAGGUUUUACAGCAGUAUAUCUGUAACAAUCAAAUCAUCCACAAGUUGUAUUGUGGUUUAAAUUAUUUUAACUGCAAAAAUAAUAUAGAACUUAACAUUCUGUCCAAUGUCUAAAUCAGAAAGUAAAUAUUUUCCUUAUAAAAAUUUAAAUACUUGACAGCCUAAAAAAUAUUGUGGAAGAAAAUAUGAAAUGGUGGUUCUGACAACUGUACAAGUUAAAUCUCUUAGGAUCAGUUUGUGUAAUAGGUCUUUCUAGACUUUUAUUUUAAUAAUUCUAUAGACAUGUGUCAAAAUGUUUUUUAAAAUAGUGUAAUUACGAUCAAAAUGUUAUUGUUUGAUUGAUAACAUAGUAAUUAAAAUUACCAAAUAAUUAGGUGUCAAAAAAAAAGACAAAAGGUCAUCUUCACUGUGCUUGUUGAAUGUUCUGUACGUGUGUUUGAAAUUAGUAUGUAACAAAAACAAAAGAUUGUCUUCACUAUGUUUGUUGAAUGUUCUGUACCUGUGUUUGAAAUUAGUAUGUAACAAA